AAAUAUCAGGCUUCAGCCCGCGGACAUGAACAAACAAGCCAAGGCUACAGAGAUAAAGUAGCCCACUUCAGAGGGAAACCCGCAGACUUGGCAACACGGGUCCACCGCUGGCCAGCGCUCGCGCUCCCCGCCCCUGAUCGGCUGCGUCAGAAACCCCGUCGCGGCAGAACCGCGCGUGAGCAGCGCCGCCCGCCAUUUUACACUAUCGGGAAUCAAGCGGAGCUCCGCCGGGGAGUCGCUUACCGCCCCCAGAACACAUAUCCACACCGACAGACCCGAUCAGACCCGCGGAACAGCGCCAGAUUUCUGGAGACAUGGCCACAGAACAUAUUAAUGGGAAUGGUACUGAAGAACCAAUGGACACGUCUGCUGCAGUCACCCAUUCUGACCACUUCAACACUUUAUUAGAAGCUGGUUUACCACAAAAAGUUGCUGAAAAGCUAGAUGAAAUUUACCUAGCAGGCCUUGUGGAGCACAGUGAACUGGAUGAGAGGGCCCUUGAAGCACUGAAAGAGUUCGAUGAGGAAGGUGCACUGCAAGUUCUUGUCCAGUUCAAAGAGAGCGACCUAUCCCAUGUGCAAAACAAAAGUGCCUUUCUCUGUGGAGUGAUGAAGACCUACAGGCAGAGAGAGAAACAGGGGACCAAAGUUCUAGAUGCCACAAAAGGACCAGAUGAAGCAAAAAUUAAGACUUUGCUUGAGAGAACAGGCUACACCCUUGAUGUCACUACAGGUCAGCGCAAGUACGGCGGCCCUCCACCAGAGUCUGUCUACACAGGUGCUCAGCCCUCGGUCGGGACAGAGGUAAUUCACAUCAGGACGGCGGCACUCAUGCUGCGAUGUGCUACAUCAGCUGUCUGAAUGAUGAGCUAUGUACACUGUGCUGGAGUCACUUUGUUACGCUGACAGUUUACCGCUAAGAUCUGAUUCUACAGCCUCUCCGCAUUUAAGAGCAUCUGGCUGCUCUGAUGUUAGCAGGUACAUUGAAAUCUGUGUGGAGUUCCAAACAUAGCAUGUUAAUGUACAGUA